AUGUUCAACUCGAUAGCAGUGCCACAGAACAAUCCCGCAUCAAUGGCAAUCAGCAGGCUGGACCAGCGUAAGGCCUCGCGUCGGUCACACCAGAAGUCGCGGUCAGGCUGCCGCAACUGCAAAAGACGACACAUUAAGUGCGAUGAAUUACGACCACAAUGCUCUAAUUGCAUGAACCACUCAGUCAAUUGUGAUUACUCUGCUUCAACCGGGAUAGACAGGCAAUCGCUAUCAGCAAGAGCCUCCCGGUCUACAUUACCAGCAAAGCCGGACCGCCUCAUCAACUGGAUCUUCGUCCCAUCUCUCUAUCAAAGCCCACCGAAAACCCCAAGUCCUGACUCUAUUGCCAGAUCAGUUACCCCAACUUCAACUAGCGCUCAAUAUUCCCCGUCUUCAUCCUCCAGUCGGUCAACUCCCUCGCCAUCCUCUUUCCAACCCAUCCCCGCCCCUACAACAUUUGACUUUCAUGACUUCACCCUCCACCACCACUACCUAACCUCAACCUGUUACACACUCGCCGAAGAUGACGGCAGUUUUCACUUCUGGCGUGAUGAAGUCCCCAAAAUGGCAAUCUCGCAUCCCUUCAUCCUACAUCUGAUCCUGGCGCUAGCUGGGCUGCACAAGGCCAGGGUCGACACAGUCGACACCGACAACACAUUUUCGAAUCCCGGAGCAAAUGAUUCCUGGCUAGUAAACAGAGCAGAGCAUCACUCUGCAAAAGGGCUAAGUGAACUAUUGUCUCUUCUCGCUCAUGUUAGCCCCAACAACAUUGCGGCAGUGUGGGCGGGGGCCACCAUUUUGUGUUUUCUGCCUAUGGCUCGGGGUCCGCGACCGGGUGACUAUUUGUUCUUUUCGAUUGGCACUGAUCAUGAAAGCAUGGUACAGUGGCCUUCUUUGGUGAAAGGAGUGAAAACACUUUCUGGAAUGUCGGGUGAUAUCAAGCCUCGGGGGGACAAAUGUGGCUCAUCUCGAGUUGAUCAAGGGGGCAUGGCGUCAGGAAUAAACUACCGGGGAUUGUUACAGGCCUUGAGGGAGCGGAUUCUUCUGCAUGGCAAACAGCGCGGAGAACUGCACGCCCGGGAACUGAGCGACUGUUAUAUUAAUGCCAUUGCUAUGUUGGAGCGCGUGCUCGAUGAGACGCAUGGGGAAAAGCAAGAUGGGGAAGAGAAUAAUACUGGCAGGUUGGCGAUGAUUAUAUACGAUUGGAUUUGUUGCUUCGAGCCUGCACUGGAUGCCUUCCAGAACAAAGACCCGGUAGCAAUGAUACUGCUGGCUUACUUUCUCGUGCUUAUGAAAUUACAUGACGGAGUGUGGUUCGCUCGGGGCUGGGCGGAGCAUAUUAUGGGGGGUAUUGAGGAAUGCUUGGGUCAAGAUGAUCGUCGGUGGCUACAAUGGCCGAUGAAGCAGAUUGGAAUGCGCAAGGAUGCAGGUAGUAAAUUCUAUGCAGCGGAAGAAGAAUAA